GCCUUUGUUGACUGCACAAAAAAAAACGGAAAAAUUACAAUAUUUUGUGCAACGAAAGAAACCAGCAGAAUGGGACAACCACUAACAUUUGAAAUCUUAAAAAGCAUUGCUGCAAAUGAUCCAACAGCGCAGGAUAAUCUGGAGGAUCUAAAACAUAUGUUUCGGCGUGAUAUUGGCUCCGCCCGGAACAUGUACCGCAUACACACUAUGGAUGACUUGAUUGAUUGCCUAGAACGACAUGACGCAUUAUCCGAAUUCAACAUUGAACCACUUCGAGAAAUCGCCGAUGAAUAUGGUGGUUCCUUAGCUGAAGUCAUUAUGAAUUAUCACGUACCCAAGGAGCUAUUGCCAGCCGAGCCUUAUAAUGAAUAUCGUGAAAUUCGUUUGUCGCAUGAGUGUGCUACUCGCUUGAAUAUAAAUGCAGCUUGCAAUGGCUUCAAUAGUGGGAUAAGUAGUACGAAUUAUGCCCCUGCUCCACCUCCAACUGUAAAUAAAAACAAACAAGAAGCAGUGUAUGCUCAAGUUCUGACCAAAGAGAAACGUGCAGCCGUUUAUAAACUAGUAGCAGGAGAUAUUGGAACUGAUUGGCGUUGUCUUGGACGUGAGCUGGAAGUACGUCAGGGUGAAAUGGACAAUAUUGAAAUACAGUAUCGCGAUCUAAAGACGCGCGUUUAUAAGCUUUUUCAAUCAUUUGAAGAAGAUGACUCCAUAGAUCCCAAAGACCAUUUACGACUUAUAUGCCGUGCAUUGGAUAACUGUCGUCGCAAAGAUUUGCAUCGUAAAGUAGAUGCCAUAAUGUCUCAUUAGCAUGGAUGAUUGGGGGCGAAUUUUAUAAAAGUGAUAUUGAUUAUUGAGUGUACCAAAAUAUUAAAUGAUUUGAUAUGUAAAAAAAAA